AUGGCCCCUUUCGUUGAGGAGUCGGCCGUGGAGGCCUCCCUCACUGCGCAUACCAAACGGGCGCCGACAAACCUGGUGGCCCCAGAGCCAGGUACGUACUUGAUCGUGUGGACAAAGUCUGUUGUGAACCCCCUUCUAACACUAAUCUUAGAGCACUGUCCCGGUCCUGAAUCCGAACAAGCAGGCCAAGGCGAUGCCUGUGCUGGCUGUCCGAACCAACAAAUCUGCGCCUCCGCACCCAAAGGUCCCGACCCUGAUAUUCCAAUUAUAACCGAGCGUCUCUCGCAAAUACGACAUAAGAUCCUGGUUUUAUCUGGCAAGGGAGGUGUGGGCAAGUCGACUUUCACCACCCUUUUGGCACAUGCGUUCGCUGCGAACCCCGACUCGACCGUCGGUGUCAUGGAUACCGAUAUCUGCGGGCCCUCUAUCCCCAAAAUGAUGGGCGUGGAGACGGAGACGAUUCACGUGAGCAAUGCCGGCUGGAGUCCGGUGUGGGUGACGGAUAACCUGGGUGCGAUGAGCGUACAGUUCAUGCUGCCCAAUCGUGAUGAUGCGGUUAUCUGGCGUGGUCCAAAAAAGAACGGCUUGAUCAAGCAGUUCUUGAAGGACGUGGACUGGGGCGAGCUCGAUUACCUGAUUGUCGAUACCCCGCCCGGUACUUCUGACGAGCACUUGUCCGUCAACUCUUUACUAAAGGAAUCCGGCGUCGAUGGUGCUGUGGUUGUGACCACCCCGCAAGAGGUGUCUCUGCUUGACGUUCGCAAGGAAAUCGAUUUCUGCCGCAAGGCUGGCAUUAAGAUUCUCGGUUUGGUGGAGAACAUGUCUGGGUUUGUUUGCCCCAACUGCACACACGAAUCCCAGAUCUUCCGUAAGACCACGGGUGGUGGCCGCCGACUAGCCAAGAAGAUGGGAAUUCCCUUCCUUGGGGCUGUACCUCUGGAUCCUAGGGUGGGUAUGGCUUGCGACUACGGCGAGAGCUUUGUGGACAACUUCCCAGAUAGCCCUGCCUCAAAGGCUAUCAAGCGUGUUGUCCGUGCUGUCGGCGAGGCGGUUGGGGAGAACCCAGAUGAUGUCCUUCCCGAGGAAAUGGUUGGUUGA